GUCGAAAUGAGAAAACAACAGAGACAAAAGACAAACCACACGAUACUACGCUGGACCACUAUCGUCUGAUUUUUUGAUUAUUGAAUCAGAUUUUGUUACGACUUCGAUCAGAGAAGAUCAAAUCUUAACAGAUCAAAUUUGUUAAACCUGAACAACAUUCAAUCAAAAUGCUUCUUCGUGCAUUUAUAACGAUUGCUUUGAUUUGUGCCAUUCCAUCGGCAUAUUCUUAUUCCUCCGGUGCUCCGGAACAAGCAUGUGGAGACAUGAUUCCACAACAUCAUGUCGAACCACAAAAAUCAGAUGCACCAUACAAAUUUAUUUUAAAUGAACAUCAAUAUAAAGCAGGCCAAUCGGUUAAUUUUGAAAUCAAGGGCAAUGCUGCUGGCGAUACAAUUAAGGGUUUUCUGAUUCAGGCACGCAUUGGGGAUAAACCAGUCGGAAAAUUUGAAAUUCCAAUGAAAUCCAAAAAAUACGCGCAAUUAUUGAACUGCUCGGGAGGAUCAGGAAAUGCGCUAACACAUAAAAAGAUUUUCGGUAGUGGUCAAAACUCGAUUAUUGGAACUUGGCUACCACCACAAGACGUUUCCGGGGAAGUCAAAUUAAUAGCCACAAUCGCUUUGAAUGGAGGCGUUUAUUGGGUGCAAAAAGUUGUGACCACCAUUACCAUAUCUUAAAUUCUAUUUGAUCUCUUUUUUUCCAACAAUAUCUUUUAAUUUUCUCUUUGACCGUUUAAUUGCUUGAACGUAUGACAAUUUUCACAACAAGAAACAUACAAUUUAAAUAACAAACUACUUGAAUUCACGCAAAAAUAAAUAUAACGAUAUCACGACCUUUUUUUUGUUCAAA